AUGACCGGCAAAGUGGUGGCCAGCGGCUGUUUUGGCGGCGUGGGAGGCGGCUCCAAGGCGUUGACCGCCCCCACCGACAAGCCAGCGCACCAGAGACGGCGCUCUUUCGGCUGGUUUGGCAGCAGGGCUCAUGAGGAGCCACAACCCUCCGCGGGAGAGCAGGCCGACGGUGACAAGCUCGCCGAGUCGAUGUUUGACCUGGAUCUCGACGAGGAGCAGCCCCGCAGCCCCCGCAAGGCCGACAGCAAGCCCGCGGCGACAACCCUCCACCGCCGCCGGUGGAGCUUUGGCCGCCAGGUGUUGCCGCAGCCCGCGCCCGCGCCCGCAGCGCAGGAGGCAGCUGCGGCAGACGACCUGCUCGUCACCUCCAGCGACAUCAGCGUGAGCAGCCAGGGCAGCCCGCAGCAUGCCGCAGUGGCCGCCGCAGCAGCCGCCGCCGCCGCGCUGGAGCAGCGCCAGGCGCCGGAUGCUGCCGCGGCGGCGCCCUCCCCGCAGCGCUCCCAGGGCAGCUACCGCCGCCUGUGGCACUCCAUCACCAGCGUGCGCAAGGGAGAUGCGCUGCCGGCCCAGGGCUCAGGCACCAGCACCGAGGUAUCGGUAGAGUCGCUAGUCAAGGCCGUGCAGCGGCUCAAGGGCGGGCAGCCCGUGAUGGAGGCAGUCAGGGACGGGCUGCGCCACCUGGACAGCCGGGCAGUGGCAGCUCUGCUCAAGGAGCUCUCCAAGAGCGGGCUGCCGCACCGGGCCGCGGAGCUCUUUGACUGGCUGCGCUCGCUGCCCGCCGACCACCCGCUCAGCAAGCUGGCUGACCUGUACACAUACACCACAAUCAUCAGCCAGUGCGGCGGUCACCAGCAGCUUCGCCGCGCGCUGGAGCUGGUGGCGGAGAUGCGCAGCCGGGGCAUCGAGGCCAACAUCCACACUACUCCGCCCUCAUGA